AUGAACAAGAAGCUCAAGAGGGUCGAGAAGGGCCAGGACGGUACGAUGAGGCGAUUGAUGUGGUAUGAGGAGUGGGAGUCGGGCGAGAGUUCGAGGAGGACGAUGGUCGAUCCGUCGAUGACCAGGGCGGAUCGCUUGCAUCAGGCUUCGCAUGACUUCAAAAGCGGACGCCCAUGGCCCAACAUGCCUUCUGGCGUUCCUCAGCUCUGGGACACUUUCCGGUUGUACAUCGGGUUGAUCAGCAGCAUUCAGCCGCCGCCCGGUGUCAAACGCAUGAAGCAGUUGCAGGCCAUGACUGAAGCCGCCGAGGGCGGGGGCGAUUCUGACGAUGAUUCGGACGACGCGAUGGGCGGCAACGCCAAGCCUGAGAAACCAGUCACCAUAGUUGACGAGGAACGAGCACGCGCCAUCCAGGAGGAGACUGUUCGCAGUGCACCGCCCAAGAGGAGCCCCUUCACUGAGGAAGAACGUCAGACCCGGCGCGAGAACUUCCGCGAGGCGAAAGAUUCGCGCAUGGAUACGUUCUUCAACGACACCGAUAAUUGCAUGAAAGUGUUCUUCUCGUCUUAUUUCCGUGACAAGGGCCUGAUCUGGUCCGAGCAGAGGGUGCGCGACGGUCCCAUCCUCGUCGGCUUCUUCCUGAACUUCUUGCUGCGGAGCCGCGUCCUCCCCGAACCCGAACACGAAAAGGGCCUACGCAGAGCCCUCUUCGUGAUCGAGCAGGCGCGUAAGGAGCUCCCGCAGACCUUCGUCAUCGGCAGAGCACUCCCAGACCAUGUGGGCGCCGGCUGCGAGGCUCUCUGGGGUUGCAAAGGCCAGACUAUCUACGCACCCACGAGCAAUGACAACGAGGAGAAAGCAGCCGGCGCGCAGGAGGGUACCGAGGAGCCAGAUGCGAAACGGCGGAAAAUCGACGAAGAGGAGACGGCAAACCUACUCAAGAGUGUCAUUGGGGCUGAUGCCAAAGUCGAGGUAUUGACUCCCGAGACUGUUGCCGCUAUCGAGAAGGACGCGCGCAAGGAUGAGGCCGCAGAUGCCAACGUCAAUGGCGGCUGGGGUGCCGGUGGCUGGGGCGACGUUGAGAGUACCGACGCUGACGCUGGUGGAGGAUGGGGCAGUGCUGAGGCGGACCCGUGGGCGGGCGACGCUGGGAGCACAUGGGACAUCGAGCCCCAGCCGAACCCGCUCAUGGCCCAUCUCGGCGCGACUAUCCUGCCCUUCACGCACACAACCGGUGUUGUCGAGCGCUCAACGCGCAGGGUUGUUUCGAUCACACCUGCAGCUGGCCUCGCGGUAACCAAGGCGGAGAAGAAGAAGCUGAAGGGGCUCAACGAGGCAGGGCUUGUUGAAGCGGACCUGAAUGCGAGGUUCGUGAAGAUGUCGCUUGCGCCGUGGCCGGUCUGGGGAGCGCAUCAACUGAGUGACGUCCUGCCACCGGAGAUCAUGGAAUCCUCCCGAGGGCCUGUGGUGAAAGACGAGACUGUGACUGUUGCCGAAACGACAACUCCCAAGCCACACAGCCCUUACACGGACACGAUCACUGUGUUGCUUGAUCCUGCGGUAGCAGACAAGAUGCUUGUCGGCAUGAAUCUCGGUGGUGCGUGGGUCCAGAUCGUCCGUCAGAACCCGAACGGUACGGACGACAUUGGCGAGCCGACUGGCUUCUGGUACGUAGAGCAGCUCACGUCGAUUCUGCCAAGCUACCAUACCGAAUUCUCCGACUAA